AGCUGGGCCGUCUGCUCCAGCCGCCGCGCGUCGCCGUGUCUGCGCUCGCCAUGCGGCCCGGGGCGCCAGGGCCGCUGUGGCCGCUGCCCUGGGGGGCCCUGGCUUGGGCCGUGGGCUUCGUGGGCUCCGUGGGCUCGGGGGACCCCGCGCCCGGUGGGGUCUGCUGGCUCCAGCAGGGCCGAGAGGCCACCUGCAGCCUGGUGCUGAGGACAGACGUGAGCCGGGCGGAAUGCUGCGCCUCUGGCAAUGUCGAUACCGCCUGGUCCAACUUCACCCACCCGGGAAACAAGAUCAGCCUCCUGGGCUUUCUCGGCCUUGUCCACUGCCUCCCUUGCAAAGACUCGUGCGAGGGCGUGGAGUGCGGCGCGGGCAAGGCGUGCCGCAUGCUGGGGGGCCGCCCGCGCUGCGAGUGCGCACCGGACUGCGCGGGGCUCCCGGCGCGCCUGCAGGUCUGCGGCUCCGACGGCGCCACCUACCGCGACGAGUGCGAGCUGCGCGCCGCGCGCUGCCGCGGCCACCCGGACCUGCGCGUCAUGUACCGAGGCCGCUGCCGCAAGUCGUGCGCCCACGUGGUGUGCGCGCGGCCGCAGUCGUGCGUGGUGGACCAGACGGGCAGCGCGCACUGCGUGGUGUGUCGCGCGGCGCCCUGCCCCUUGCCCCUCGGCCCGGGCCAGGAGCUCUGCGGGAACAACAACGUCACCUACGUGUCCUCGUGCCACCUCCGCCAGGCCACCUGCUUCCUGGGCCGCUCCAUCGGCGUGCGCCACGCGGGCAGCUGCGCAGGCACCCCCCAGCUGCCGGAGGCGGAGUCCGAGGAGGAGAACUUCCUCUGAGCCCCGGAGGCCGCCACCGCCUGGCGUUCCAGCCCCCUCCCCGCGUUAUUUAUUGCCGCAGCAGAAUCUAAUUUAUGUCCCAUGGACACUUCCCAGAGCCUGCCUAGAACCACGUGGGGAGUCCCCCCUAUAUCCUGGAGGGACUGGGGAAAGGUGGGGCUCGGAGCUCAGCUUUCAGGGCCUUCUCCCCUGCGCCCUAGUGGACCCCAUUCUCCAGGCUUCCUCCCGGUGGACUGGAUUAAUUAUCACCACUUCCACCGGCAAGAGAGCUGGGAAUUCCUUGCUGGUGAUUAACGUGGAGGCAAGGCCCUCCUGUCCAGGGCCUUCUAGAAUGGACCUUGGGCUCAGCCUGGGGUAGGGUGGGCUUUCCUGGGUGGAAUUCCAGAUUCAUGCUCUCCACCCUGCAUCCAUUUCCCCUGUUGUGUCUGAUGAGGGCCCCUGGAAGUUGCCAGGCGUGUCGCCCAGGGGACCGGGUGCUAGCCCAGGGCCUCGGGACAGCCGUGCACGUGGCAUGUGGCCGGGACAGCAGCGGAUGCUGAGGGGCCACAGCAGCCCAGAGCAGGAGCUGGUGCCUGGCAGGGCUGGCUCCACCCAAGGUGGGGUAUAGGGGGCCCUUCUCACCCCGGCCCGGGGGUGCUGCAGAGCCGGGUCCUCGUCUUUGUGGCCAGUCCCAGCAGGGCAUCAGGCCCAGUUCCUUCUAGAACCUCCCUGCCCGCCAGCCCAGCUUGGGGGUCACCACACCUGCCCAGAUCCUGAUCGCAGGCCCUGGUACCCCCAAGACUGCUCACCCCACUCGAUCCGGAUCGUGGCCCCAAUGUCACCCGCUCGUGCCUGCCUGCAGACCAGCAACUCAGGCGGGCAGUGGGUGAGGAGGCCGGGGCAGUUUUGUUCACCCCUCCCCAGACCCCAGCAAGUGCCUUAACCCGUGACAUCCAGAAAAGUAGCCUUGGAGCCAGUGGGGUGGACCAGGCCCCCGGCCAAGGCAUGUGUCCCCCGCCCUGGGGUCCUGCCUCGCCAAAGAAAUAAAUUCUGCAGAAAGCCA